GUUUACUAGUAGUAUUUGUUUCAAAGGGUUUAGGAUAAUUCUACUUAAGUGACUGUAUAUUAACUUAAAAGGACUUCACUCCUGCUUUAUGUAAUGUCAGUAGGAGAAUGGUUUCUGUAGCUAAAGAUCCAUUUAUUAAUAGUGCAUUAAAGGUACAAUAGUAAUUCCAAUUGUGUUGGACUUUAUUUUCAGAUGGGCAACGCCUUCCACUUUGUCCGAAGCUGGAUUUUACUUCCCAUUUAAGUUCCCACUUGACAUUGUAUUUUGUCUUGAAUGUUUAGUUAGAUUGUCAUCUUGGGAACCAACUGAUGAGCCAUGGAGUGAACAUAUCAGACAUUCACCUCAAUGCAGCUUUGUGUCAUCUCCAAAUUCGAAAAGCAUACCUAGUACAUUUUCAUGGUCAACAGAAACAGCACAAACUCAUUCAAUAUCUGAUGAUCCUAUCAUGGUGCUUACAGCUUCUACAUCAAAAGAUUUUGUCGCAACUUCAACAGUCGAUGGUGGAAUUACUGUUUGGGAUCUGUCGUAUUUCAACAGACGUUCAUUAGAAUUCAAUCUUGUGGAUGUAUUGAAUGCUUCGAUAGUUACUACUACUACUGCCAGUGAAAUGAUUACUAAAUCUCAACUACAAGUACAUAGUGGAUGUCUACUAGUUUCUAAUUCUUCUACUAUGAAAUUUAUCAAUCUUCCACAACUUCCUAAAAUACAUCAUUUAAUUCUUGGUUGUUGUUUACCAUAUUCAGUAUAUAAUAAAUUACACUCUUGUAUGCAUACCAUGUCAACAACUAAUAAAUUUGAGAAUGUUAAAAAUAACAAUUUUAAAAAAUAUCAACUAUGCCUUAUCAUUAUUGAAUUAACUCCAUUGAACAGUGAACAAGUUAUGUGGAUAGCUGAUUCUACUUUUUCUUCUUCAACAACAACAACAACGCCAUUUUCACCAUUUUCUCCUAAAUCGAUAUUUCCUAAUCAAUUCAAUAUACAUUCAAUACCGAUAGAUCUUGUCAAGUUUCUUCCAUCAAUUGGUUAUGAUCAUAAUAAUAAUGAUGACGAUACAAUAGAAUAUGAAGAAUUAGGAGAUAUUGAUGAUAAUGAGAACGAGACUGAUAAUGAUGAUUAUGAAGAUGACUUUGAUGAGGAGAGUUCUGACAAGUUAAGUAGCGUACAUAUAAAUAAUAUCAUAACUGAUUCAGCGCCCAAAGAUAAUAUUUCAACAUCAUCAGUCAAUUCAAAGCUUAUCGAGAAUGAUUUUUAUACGUAUAUUGGUUUGUCUAGCGUUGUUGAAGAGUUUGUAAAUUUAAAAGCUACGACGGACUGUUAUCACACAUCUUCAAGCAAUAAAUUACAACUAAAGAAAAUAUCUGCUUCAAGUUCAUCCAAUUUGUCGUCAUCAAUAAAACACAUUGAAAAUAAACGAUCUAAUAUGAAUGAAACAACCAGUUCAUUUCUAUGCUCUGACUAUUCUGAAAAUAAAAAUGGUAAGAGUGGAUGUGUUGAGAACUUACCGAAACUUGUUGGUGUCAUACCUUUGUCAGUUACUGCUGAUAGUACUAAUAAUGACCUUGAAAAUCCUAAUUUUCGUAUUUUACAAAUAUCACCACUACCAUUGCAAACAAUAUCCUUCAAUAAUGGUAAUUCCGCUUAUUCUCAAGGUAUACUUGUUUGUUGUGGCUUGUCAAGAUCAUUAUCACAUGUAGAGCUUCAUCAUAAAACAACUACUGAUAAUCAAUCGAUUGAGGAUGGUGAUUUAUUUUUAUUCGGAUAUAAUGAAAAUGACUGUAUUCUACCUAAUUCAGUUGGUUAUCACUUAGUUAUUGAUGAAACUCCACUUUUGCACAUUAAAUUGCCUGAUCACUAUUGUCCUGUUCAAAUGGAUGUGGUAUCCAGCACUAAUGAUCUACAUGUUUGUUCUUUAAACACUUUAUAUCCUUCAGUUAAAUUACAAUAUGAAUGUGGACAAUCAUGUGUAGUUGUCAACAAUACUACUUCUACUACUACCACUAAUAAUAAUUUAAAGUUUACCAUAGACUCACCUUUAAUUACCAUAGGAACAUAUGACUUAUCAUUUUGUUGUUUCAUAUUAACAGUAUACAAUUCAUUGUUACAAAUAAAUGUUUAUAAAAAUCUAUUAUGUUAUGCUCAAAUAAUAAUAUCUAAUCCAAUCUUAUCAGUUAAUGAAGAUAAAAAUAAUAAUGAAAUAAAUAACAACAAUAUGUAUUGUAAUAUACAAUUUGAUACAUUCACAUAUUGUACUGGUUUAGAAAAUAUAUGUUUAGGCACUGUAAAUGGUGAAAUGUACAUCUAUCAAUUACAUAAUCAUGAAUUAUUUAAAUAUGAUAUGAAUAAACAAAAACGUAUUCAUUUAUAUAAUUCAAUAUUACCAAUUCAUAAACAAUAUGAUGAAUCUUCUGAUGAGAAAAUUGAAUUAUUCUUUCCUAUUCAUAAUCAUAAUAGUAGUCAUAGUAAUAAUAGUUAUUCAUUAAAUGAUCUAUAUGCCUAUUAUAAUUGUCCAUUAGAACAAUAUUCAUUAAUUCAAGUGAAUUUUCCAAAUCAAAUUGGUUGGUAUGAAGUGGAACUUUUUCCAUUAUUAUCUUCUUCUACAAUAAAAACUACUAAUGAAGAAACAUUCAUUCAUAAUAAUAAUACAAUUCAAAUACUUUCUAAAUUAGUUACACGUUAUAUACAAUUAGAAAAAGAAUCAUUUAAGAAAUCAAAAUUAACUAAUGAUAUAUUAUAUAAUAUUUCAGUAAUGUUAAAAUGUGCUACAUUAGCUGUUCAACUUAGUUUAUCAUCUAAUAUAUCUACUCAUUUAUGGGAAUUUAAUACUAAAAAUUGGUAUGAUUAUCAAAAUUUAAUUAAACAAAAUAUUAAUAAAUCAAAUAUGAAUUCAAUGAAUAAAAAUAUCAUUCAUAAUGAUCAUGUAAUAUUAAAUUCUCAGAAUAUAUUAUCUGAAUAUCUAUUAGAGAUUAGUUUACCACGAGUAUAUUUAAUUUCACAUUUUAUAUUUCAUUCAACAUUAAAACAAUAUGAUAAAGUGCAAAAUCAAUCUAAUGUAUAUAUAACUCUUCUAAGAAAAAAUAUUUCAUCUAAUAAUCCUGUCAGUUUUAUUCAUAACCCUUCAAAAACCUCAACAAAUGCCGACUGUAAUGAAUUUCAUCAUGUGUCAUCAGUUCUUGAUCAUAGUUUGGUGGUACACGAUUUAAACGCUCCAUUUAUCGAUAAUGAAUACGACUGUACACAUUCGUCAGAAUACAAAUCACAAACUUCAGAUGACAAUAUCGACUUCAAUAAUGCAUUACUAUCAAAUUAUUUAAAAAUUCCUGGACGUGUGUAUCAUAUGCCUACUGAAAGCAUCAUCUCAUCAGAACGUCUUCGUGAAUUAAAUGCAAAUAUAAUUGCUGGUCCAUAUUUAUUAAGUGAUUUUCUUAGUAUGAAUGAUCGUUGUAGUAAUAUUCCAAUGACGAGUUCAGAGUUAAUUAAAUCACGUUCACGUUUAUUUUCUGUGCAUAUCAAAAUAGUUGAUGCCAAAAAUGAAACUUCUUCAAAUCUUGAUUGUCAAUCGCUACUACAUAUUCAUCAGUUUAACACCACCUGUUAUUGUUAUGACCAUCCUGCUCCCCCUAAUGAUUUUGUUAAUGAAACACCAUCGUCAUCAUCGUUAUCGACUGAUCAGCUUACAACUGUGAAUGAUAUUGAUAAUGAUUUUAAUGGACGUACAUCAUUAAAGUCGUGUAAAAUGCAUACAAUUUUACAUGAAAGGGCUCAACUUUUAGCUAUUCUACGCUCUAUGAAACUUCAUGAAGAUUGUUUUAAUUUUCUUAGCUCAACUGAUGGUACUUGUAAUCAUAGUAGUAAUAAUAAUCAUAAUAAAUGGAGAGACUUUCUUACUCAAAACUCCUACCAUCAUAAUAGCAAUUUUUCGUCAAUUAUUCUAGAUAUUUUGAAUUGGGUUGUGUUGAUGUAUCUUCAUGAGUUAGAAUUAUCAUGCGAUAUCGUAGCGAAUUUAUUAAAUUUGGCUGCAAAUAAUUAUGAGAUGUUAAUUGAAAAUGUAAUUGUACACGGUGAUCGUGAAUGUGUUCAACUUGGAACAAAAUUAUUGUUUAGUUUACUCAAAUUAGAAUUUGUCUUCCUAAAAUAUUGCUCUUCAAAUAAUUCAUCAUAUAAGAAGCCAAUGGUUUUCCAUGUAUUACGCAAUUGUCUGGCUGCCGAUAGUAAAACUACUACUGGUAAUAAUAAUAAUAAUAGUAGUAAUAGUAAAUUCAUUCGUUGGUUAUUAAUUUGUCAAACAUCAGCUGGAUGUGAAACACUAUUCAGUUUAUUGGAUUUUAUCAUUUCUUAUUCUUUUGAUGAAUAUCGUAACAAUUUAAAUGAUUUGAAGGUAAAAUUGUUAUUGCAAAAUAAUCUAAUGACUUUACUCAAUACAGUUUCAUUGUUCAUGAGGAUUUCAAUCGUCUACACCCGUUCUGAAUGCUUACAAUCAACCAAUAAUAGUAAUAACAAUAAUAAAUAUCAGAAAUCAUUUCAUUCAACAAUUCCAAGUUCUAGUAAUAAUAAUAAUACUAAUACUUAUUCUAAUUCUAAUCAUAAUAUGAAUUUAAAUUAUGAAAAUAUUAAAAAUUGUUAUUCUAUUAAUAAAGAUGUAAUGAAUUUUAAUGGUAUAUUUACACCGAAAAAUUAUAUAACAUUUAUAUCUGAUUCAAAAUUCAAUGAUACUAUUGAUUUAGCGCAAAAUACAAAAUUAAUAGAAACAUCAAAUCAUUUACAAAACGAUGAUAACACAUAA